AUGUUCAAAAACGUGGGAGCCAAGUGAGAGUAAAAUCUGCUGACGUGUCCACUUCCAGGGUGAAGACGGCUUCCCUGGUUCUCCUGGACGUCCCGGACCUGUUGGCCUGCGAGGCCGGCCUGGACUGAGAGGAGCCAAGGGAGACUCCGUCACCUUUCCAGAUUCUCCCGGCAUUAAAGGAGCACCAGGACGCCGAGGACCCGUUGGAGCUUUGGGCAUGACCGGAGAGCCGGGUGGACCAGGUCUUCCAGGACCUCCAGGACCUGCUGGGCUUCCUGGAAGUCCAGGGCUUUCAGGGUCCCCGGGAGAAAAGGGUCAAGAGGGUCCCAGUCCGGUGAUCCCAGGUCCCCAAGGUCAGAAGGGGGGUCGCGGACCACCAGGAGUUCCCGGCCAAAAAGGAAUCAAAUUGUAUGCUGAAGGACCCAAAGAACUGAAGGGCGAGCCGGGUUAUGUUGGGGAGAAAGGUUGUCCUGGACCUACGGGUCCACCGGGGAAAACGGGCCUUAAAGGAGACAAGGGCGAGCGAGGUGACCCUGGUACACUGGGAAAACAAGGAAAGGACGGGCUCCUCGGAGAACUUGGGCAACCGGGAGAACCAGGAGAUCCAGGGUACCUGGGCCCCCCAGGCAUCGAUGGAGCACAGGGCGAGAAAGGCGACUUUGGUCCUCCGGGUCCUCCAGGCGAGAUUUUGUUGAGGCACAGAUUCCUGAAGGGUCAGCGUGGUAUUCCCGGACCACCCGGACCAGGAGGAGACCCCGGCGAACCAGGACUUAUCGGGUUCCCUGGACUGCAGGGCGAGCCAGGGGAGGGUCCACCUGGUCAACCGGGCCCUAAGGGACCACCUGGCUUUACAGGCCCAAAAGGAGAACCAGGGGAGCCAGGGCCGUUCGUUAUUGGCCGUCCAGGACAACCUGGGGCCCCAGGAGCUACCGGGUCUGAGGGAGAACCAGGAGAACCAGGAAUACCAGAAUUACUGCAAGGAGAUGGUGGACUUCCAGGUUCCAAAGGCUUGAAAGGCCUGAUGGGACCUUCGGGGACCAGAGGACAGGAAGGCCCGGAAGGCGAGAAGGGGGAGGUGUGCUUGGUCUGUCCGGCUGUCGUGGGACCCCCUGGACCUCCAGGCGAACCAGGGAAACCGGGUGCAGAUGGGCAGAGAGGUGCACCUGGAACUCUUGGACCCAAAGGUCACAAUGGGGUGAAAGGUAUUGCCGGAGUACCUGGUCCACAGGGCCUCUUUGGCAUCCCAGGACAGCCAGGAGCUCCUGGUUUAACUGGUGUACCUGGCAUUGUGAGGAGGAUCGGACAGAAGGGUGAUGUAGGGGACCAAGGAAUCACUGGACCUCCAGGCCGUGAGGGCGCAGAAGGACUUUCUGGAAUACCAGGACCCAACGGGACACCAGGACUGAAGGGAAACCUUGGACCCCAAGGACCAAAAGGUGACAGAGGUCCUGUUGGAGAGACUGGUCCAAGCGGCCCGAUAGGACAAAUGGGGCCGUCGGGGCUUCCAGGCAUCGGGGUUCCAGGACUUCCAGGACCCCCAGGCGAUGUUGGAGUUUUAGGCCAGCGAGGAGAUCCUGGUGUACCAGGAGAAAAAGGUUCUCCUGGUGAAAUCAUAACCAUUCAGGGAGAUCCUGGUCAGAAGGGGAUAAAGGGUUCAUCUGGGAAUCCUGGACAGGAAGGUGUGAUGGGACCCCCUGGGAAUCUUGGACUGGUAGGUCCAAAGGGAGAAAAGGGAGAGGAAGGAUUUACUGUCCAGGGUCCUCCAGGCUUCCCAGGGGUGAAGGGACUCAAGGGCCUUCCAGGAGGUCCAGGUUUGGCAAGUUACGGAAGCAAAGGGCGCUCUGGACCAUCAGGGCCUCCGGGAAGACCGGGCUUGAAGGGGGAUGCUGGCUUUGGUUUUCCGGGUCAGCUCGGCCAAUUAGGGCCACAAGGAGAAGAUGGCUCUCUGGGAGAACCGGGAUCUGAAGGUCCCAGUGGGACUUUUGGCGUUCCAGGAUCUGCUGGGUUGGAUGGACUUCCAGGUCCCAAAGGUUGUAGUGGUCUGGAUGGUGUUCCAGGACCACCUGGUCCUGUUGGAACUUGUUUUCCAGGAAGACCUGGAUCUGUAGGAAGGCAAGGUCCGAUGGGACUCAUUGGCUUCCCAGGACCCAGAGGUGAAAAGGGCCAGCUAGGUGAUCCUGGGCUGCCUGGCAUGGGAGCCCUCGGACCCCUAGGACCAUUUGGGGUUCCGGGAUUUGAUGGAACUCCAGGUCCACCAGGACCCAUUGGGUUGAAGGGACAGAGUGGGACCACUGGUGAACCAGGAAUCCCAGGUAUCAGGGGAGACAUGGGUCUUCCAGGAGUCCGUGGAAGUCCAGGGGACAUAGGGAAGCCAGGAGAGGCUGGUAGUCCUGGGCCACAAGGUCAGGUGGGUGUAGAUGGUACCACAGGCUCCCAGGGGCCACCAGGGCCUUGGGGAGACCCAGGGGAGAUAGGACCCAAAGGGGAACAGAUCACUGUGCAGAUAUAUGGAAACCCUGGAGACCUUGGAGAGCCUGGAACUCCAGGUCUGAGUGGUGCUAUAGGCAAUCAGGGUACCCCAGGAUCUCCAGGUCGUGACGGCACCAAUGGUAGACCUGGAAGUGCUGGACCUCAAGGACUUUCUGGAGAACCUGGUAGAGAUGGAGAGAUAGGCCCUCCUGGUUCCUGUGGUCUUCCCGGCAAUCGUGGUGAUCUCGGAAAGCCAGGUUGGAAAGGGGAAAAGGGAUCCUUAGGGCCUUGUGGAAAUCCCGGUUUUGAUGGAAAUGUUGGACUGGAGGGACUAAAGGGUGCAAAAGGGGAACCCAGUUUACCUGGACCUGGACCUAAAGGACAGUCUGGAGAGAAGGGACAGCCAGGUUGUCCAGGUCCUCCAGGUACACAGGGGGCCCCAGGAAAUAGAGGAGACGACGGUCCUCCAGGACAUUGUGGUCCCUGUGGCCCUAAAGGAAACACUGGACCUCCUGGAUGCAGAGGUCCACCGGGCUCUUCUGGUAACAAAGGUUGUGAUGGGCCUCCAGGGGUCAGCGGACCUCCAGGACCUAGCGGUCUUACAGGUAACAAGGGGGCUCCUGGAGAUCCUGGUUUACCUGGGUUCAGAGGUAGCCAGGGGCAGGAUGGAAUACCAGGACCUCCUGGUGAAAAAGGAGCCAUGGGAGCACCUGGAUUCGGAGCCAGAGGAGCAGAAGGGACAAAAGGUCCACCAGGUUGUGCUGGAGAAAAGGGAUCCUCUGGUACAUGUGGUCAUCCAGGGCCAUCUGGUCCCGAAGGAAAUCCAGGUUGUCCUGGACCUCCUGGGUCCCCUGGACCUCCUGGUCUUCGUGGCAGGCCGGGACUCUGCACUGAAGGAGACAAAGGAGGAAAAGGACUAAGUGGAGAGCGAGGGACCACAGGUCCGCCGGGUUGUCAAGGUCCUCCUGGUCCUCCAGGUCCUGGAUUUAAAGGAGAUAAGGGAACUAAAGGGGCAACAGGUAACCCUGGAAUACCUGGUUGCCAUGGAGAUAUUGGCCAGCGAGGCAGGCCGGGUGAAGACGGACCACAAGGAGUACCGGGACUUAAAGGCCUAAUGGGAGAAACUGGUGUUACAGGACCUGUCGGUAUGAAGGGCGAGGAUGGUCCACCGGGCCUCAAAGGUUCUCAUGGACCUCCAGGACCUCCUGGUAGACAAGGAGUGAAGGGAAAGGACGUGUCCCGGGAGGUAGUGGUCUUACCAGGAGACCAAGGAUUGCCAGGAGAUGAGGGACUUCCAGGAGAACCAGGGAGCCCAGGAACCAGAGGGAGACCUGGUAGUACAGGCCCUAAAGGUAGUCGAGGGGUGGUUGGGCGGAGGGGCUGGCCUGGUUUUCCCGGGAUGAAAGGCGACAUUGGUGACAGAGGAGUACCAGGAACAACAGGUGUCAUGGGUACACAAGGUCCUAGGGGUGGAAAAGGUCCUCGGGGUUCGCCAGGUCCAUGUGAGGAUGUACCAGAGAAGGACGGCUUCCUGUUCACCCGGCACAGUCAGGAGGUUUUUGUCCCGGAAUGCCCUGCAGGAUCCAGCAAAGUGUACAGCGGAUUUUCCCUGCUUUUCAUCAACGGGAACAACCGAGCUCACGGACAAGACCUGGGUGCUCUAGGGAGUUGUCUGCCUCGUUUUAGCACAAUGCCUUUCCUCUUCUGUAACACGGACAACACCUGUCGCUACGCCGCACGUAACGACUACUCCUAUUGGCUCUCCACCAACCAACCGGGGCUCAGCACCAUGGCCUUCAUCUCAGGGCCGCUACUGAAGAAUUACAUCAGCCGGUGCACGGUGUGUGAGGCCACGGCCAACGUGAUCACGGUCCACAGUCAGACCCGUGAGCUUCCCCCGUGUCCGUCUGGCUGGGACUCCCUGUGGUCCGGUUUCUCCUUUGUCAUGGAAACCGGCGUGGGGGCCGAGGGCUCGGGCCAGCCGCUUUCGUCGCCUGGAUCCUGUCUGGAGAAUUUCCGCAAAAUCCCGUUCAUCGAGUGCCACGGCAGGGGGACUUGUAACUUCUACACCGACUCGUACAGCUACUGGCUCGCCGCUCUCAACCCGGACGACAUGUUCAGCAAACCAAGACCUCAAACGGAAGCUGGAGACCUUCCAGAAGACUUCAUCAGUCACUGCAGAGUGUGUUCCAAGCGUCUGUGAACACCUGGUCUCGGUCUGUCGCCGUGCCAACAAGACCGCUAGUUAUUUUAGCAACAGCAACCGUGAGGGCUCUUCUUGACUAUAGCUCCCACCAGUUCCACCACUGCUAGAAAUAUAACUAUAAUGUGUUGUGCGUGUGUGUGUGUGUGUGUGUGUGUGUGUGUGUGUGUGUGUGUGUGUAUGUGUGCACGUGUGUCACUUAACUUCCAUUCAAGCUCACUUGCCUCAAGUUGUCCUCGUUCUCGGAAGCACUUAAAAGACGACCAGCGGCCUAAUGAAAUGCAAACAUCGCAGUGUGAUGUCAUCAGUGUCCUACCAUGCCUCAUGCCGGCAGCUCCUUAGCGAUGGCUGACUGUUAAUAUGUUACCGUGGCAAUCAGCUGCCGCAAAGACUUCUCCAUUAGAGCGGAACAGGUGGGGCGGGGGUGGGUUUCCAUUAAAGAAUAAAUGACGGCUUCCCCCCCCCCCCCACUCACAUGGCGUUCUUGUUUGUGAUCGUGGUGGGUCUGGUGGUUUUGGGACACAUGACCCAGGUGGGCAAAUAUUCAGGUUACAAACCCCGUUCCCAUUUGAGUUGGGAAAUUGUGUUAGAUGUAAAUAUAAACGGAAUACAAUGAUUUGCAAAUCCUUUUCAACCCAUAUUCAGUUGAAUGCACUACAAUGACAAGAUAUUUGAUGUUCAAACUCAUAAACUUGAUUUUUUUUUUUGCAAAAAAUAAUCAACUUACAAUUUCAUGACUGCAACACGUGCCAAAGUAGUUGGGAAAGGGCAUGUUCACCAAUGUGUUACAUCACCUCUUCUUUUAACAACACUCAAUAAACGUUUGGGAACACAGGAAACUAAUUGUUGAAGCUUUGAAAGUGGAAUUAUUUCCCGUUCUUGUUUUAUGUAGAGCUUCAGUCGUUCAACAGUCCGGGAUCUCCGCUGUCGUAUUUUACGCUUCAUAAUGUGCCACACAUUUUCGAUGGAAGACAGGUCUGGACUGCAGGCGGGCCAGAUAAGGUACCCGCACUCUUUUUUUACGAAGCCACGCUGUUGUAACACGUGCUGAAUGUGGCUUGGCAUUGUCUUGCUGAAAUAAGCAGUGGCGUCCAUGAAAAAGACGGCGCUUAGAUGACAACAUAUGUUGUUCCAAAACCUGUAUGUACCUUUCAGCAUUAAUGGUGCCUUCACAGAUGUGUAAGUUACCCAUCCUUUGGGCACUAAUGCACCACCAUACCAUCACAGAUGCUGGCUUUUGAACUUUGCAUCAAUAACAGUCUGGAUGGUUGGCUUCCCCUUUGGUCCGGAUUACACGAUGUCGAAUAUUUCCAAAAACAAUUUGAAAUGUGGACUCGUCAGACCACAGAACACUUUUCCACUUUGCAUCAGUAGAUCUUAAAUGAUCCCAGAGAAGCUGGUGGCGUUUCUGGAUGUUGUUGAUAAAUGGGUUUCGCUUUGCAUAGUAGAGCUUUAACUUUCACUUACAGAUGUAGUGACGAACUGUAUUUAGUGACAGUGGUUUUCUGAAGUGUUCCUGAGCCCAUGUGGUGAUAUCCUUUAGAGAUUGAUGUCGGUUUUUGAUACAGUGCCGUCUGAGGUAUCGAAGGUCACGGUCAUUCAAUGUUGGUUUCCGGCCAUGCCGCUUACGUGGAUUGAUUUGUCCAGAUUCUCUGAACCUUUUGAUAAUAUUAUGGCGCGUAGAUGUUGAAAUCCCUAAAUAUCUUGCAAUUGCACUUUGAGAAACAUUGUUCUUAAACUGUUUGACUAUUUGCUCACGCAGUUGUGGACAAAGGGGUGUACCUCGCCCCAUCCUUUCUUGUGAAAGACUGAGCAUUUUUUGGGAAGCUUUUUUUAUACUCAAUCAUGGCAUCCAGCUGUUCCCAAUUAGCCUGCACACCUGUGGGAUGUUCCAAAUAAGUGUUUGAUGAGCUUUCCUCAACUUUAUCAGUAUUUAUUGUCACCUUUCCCAAAUUCUUUGUCAUGUGUUGCUGGCAUCAAAUUCUAAAGUUAAUAAUUAUUUGCAAAAAAAAAAUGUUUAUCAGUUUGAACAUCAAAUAUGUUGUCUUGUAGCAUAUUCAACUGAAUAUGGGUUGAAAAUGAUUAGCAAAUUAUUGUAUUCCGUUUAUAUUUGCAUCCAACACAAUUUCCUAACUAAUAUGGAAACGGGGUUUGUAGAAUCGGUAUCGGAUCAAUCCUCGACUUCUCGGUUUUCUUCUGUGUUAAUUGUCAUAAAUGUCUGUUUUUUUUAUGUUGUUUAAAUAUGUUUAUCGGCCAUGGUACCCCGGUUUUCGCAUGAUUCAGUUUUCAUAUACUUUUUCCACUGAAAGCCGCACACAAAAAAAAUGAAAGCAUUAUAUUUUUUAUUUUAUAAAAAACAAUACGAUAUAUAUUGUCAUUUUGGUAACGUUAAAAGUCUUGGGGACCCAAAAGGGUCUCAGUCAAUAAUGUGGUAAAACAAAUUAGUUUUUCACUUUCAAAUGCUAAAAUUUCUAUAGAUCAACUUCUAAAACCAAUACAAUAUAUAUUGUCAUUUUGGUAGUAUUAAAGGUAACAGGGACCCAAAAGGGUCUCAGUCAAUAAAGUGUUAAAAACAAAUACAUUUGUCACUUCCAAUGCUAAAAUUUCUAUAGAUCAACAUCAAAAACCAAUGCAAUAUGACAAUAUAUUGUCAUUUUGGUAACGGUAAUGGUCCCUGGGACCCAAAAGGGUCUCAGUCAAUUAUGUGUU